CGGCAUGCACUGUCCUCUCUAUAUAAAUAGAGUCUCACUGCAUUUGCCAGGAAUCUCACAUCUCCUCCCCAAAAGAGAUCUCUUCACGGUCUCCACUCUGUAUGAUCUUUCUGACGACCUUCAAAACAUAGGUACAAUGAUAACUGUUGCCAUUGUAUUGCUCACUAUAGCUGCAAAACAGUGUUUUGGACAAGGCUUCAAUUGCUCAUCUGCCUACAACAGAUACCCAGAAAACAAUGAUAUUAAUGUUAACUGUGGCCCUACGAUGAUCACUUUAACCAUCAAUGCUUGUCCAGUGCAAUAUGCUGUGUUUGACCCUGCAACACUGGCCCUUAAUAGCCAGCACAAUUUGACUCAGUGCAAUGGAACACUGGAUACAUCUGUAGUUCCUCCGGUCAUGAGAUUUGUCUUCCCGAUAAAUGAUACAUCCGAAAACACAUGUGGAAACAAUAUAUGGAUAGAGCAGAAUGCAGGAAGUGGAAUAUUUUCUCAGUACUCAGUAGUAGAAACGGUUGUCAUCGCUGGAUAUAUAGACACUCCUGUCAUAUCAAAUACCGGUCUCAUAAGCUACAGUACAAACCUAAAUUACAACUUCUCUUGCCGAUACCCUCUGCAGUACCUUCUAAACAAUACCCAGCUACUCACAUCAUCAGCAAUGGUGGCCGUAAAUACAAAUAAUGGAAGCUUCAUUAGCACUCUGAGUAUGCAGUUGUCCUUGGAUUCAAACUUCUCAUCUACAUGGCAAUUUAAUGGAACUGCCCUUCCACUGAAGACAAAUAUGUAUGUUAAAGUUACCGCCACAAACCUAACUGCUAAUUUCUUUGUGCUGCUGGAUGAAUGCUUUGCUACACCAAAUGUGCUGAUAACAACUAUACCUUCCGACCGAUACAGCCUCUUUACAGGGUGCAAUGUUAAGAAUCAGACAACCAUCCUAUCCAAUGGGGCUGGAAAAUCUGCUCAAUUCUCAUUUCAGACCUUUCGGUUUGUUGUGCACAGUGGUCUGCCAACUUCCACGAUUUUCCUACACUGCGUCACACGCUUGUGCCAGCCGGACAAGUGUGCCCAGUAUUUGCAAGGUUGUAAUAGCAAUAAUUCAUCUUCAUUUUCAAGUGGAAGGAGAAAGAGAGCAGCAGAUACCUCUACUGGAACAUCAGAUCCAGUCACUGUUACUUCUGGACCUAUAUAUACCCUGGAUUCUGAUGCUACUCCCCAGUCUUCCAUUCAGACUUUGACUGAAGUAAAAGAAAUACAGGGCACUUUGACUGGACUCAUUGUUGGACUUAUAAUUGCUGCCAUCCUGGGAGCUGCUUUGGUAAUUGGAAGUGUGCUUCUAUAUAAAAUGCACCUCCUCAAGGCACAACAGGCACAGAAGAAAGGAGCAGACAACUUUGCCUUCAGUGGGAAAUAAGCAUUUUUUUAUAACCAAUAUAAAUUUUUAUAACCAUAAUAUAUUUCCAAAAUAUUCUACUUUCAAUGUGAUUUUGUUUUAUUUUGUAGAAAAUAUAAUUUUAAUCUUCCUUCAGAUGUAAAUGUUGGGAAAAAAAAAUCAAGUACAUAUGAACUGAUAGAGAUUUAUAUUAAACUGCAUUGUUUAAUAAAAAGACAUGGUGCCAAAUA